CUGAGGCUGUAGAGGGGAAUGGGGUUUGCUGGUGAUGGCGGUGUGUGCGCGCUGUGGCGCCGGGCUGCGGGCCCCGAGGAGCGGCGGCUGCUGGAGCUCUUCUCCUACGGGCUGAUGGCCCUGGGCGCCGCCUCCGCACUGCUGCUCUGCUUCAUUCCCAUGCCCUACGGCCGGUACUCCUCGCGGCGUUUCGGCUGCCUGGUGCCCGCCCGCCCCGCCUGGGCGCUGCAGGAGCUGCCCUCCCUCUUCGUCCCGCUCGGGCUCGCCGCCUGUGGCGGGGCAGUCGCGACCGCCCGGCCCAACUGCGUCCUGCUGGGCUGUUUCCUCCUGCACUACGCGCACAGGGCACUCAUCUUUCCUCUUCUGAUCCGUGAAGGAAAACCAACACCAUUUUUCACUUUUGUUUUAGCGCUUCUGUUCUGUGCUUUCAAUGGAUACUUGCAGGGCCGAAGCUUAACCACCUAUGCAAUUUACCCUGCUGGCUGGCUGGGUGAUUCACGCUUCAUUACAGGUUUUUUAGGGUGGUUGAUUGGCAUGGCCAUCAAUAUUCAUUCUGAUCAUAUUCUCAGAAAUCUGAGAAAACCAGGGGAAACUGGCUACAAGAUACCAAGAGGAGGAAUGUUUGAGUAUGUCAGUGGAGCCAACUUUUUUGGAGAGAUCCUGGAAUGGUUUGGGUUUGCCCUUGCCUGCUACACCAUUGAAAGCCUUGCAUUUGCGUUGUGUACUCUCUUCAUCCUGGGUUCAAGAGCAAGACAACACCACAAAUGGUACCUUGAGAAAUUUGAAGACUAUCCAAAGGACAGAAAAAUUGUCAUCCCAUUUUUGUACUGAGCUGUGCUUUUAACACUUUGAGAUGGAUGGCUUUUAGUAACAACCAACAUUUUACAGAUACUGACAGGCUAGUAACACACUCAGAUCAUCACUAUGACAAAGCCUUUCCAUCACUGCUACUGUUACUUACUGCUUUUUCCUCUUAAUGGUAACCCGGAAGUCUGAUGAACAGGGUGAAUAGGAACAGAAGUGCUUUUCCAGCAAUGAAACACCUUUAAAAAUACAUUAGGCAAUGAGUCUGAAUUGGCAUUGUGGGAAGCAUUGUGCACAACUUUGAUACUUCUUUUUCUGCCUCUGAGGGCUUCUUCUGUUUCCACUCAAUGUAGCCAAGCUGAACUGAGGACUGUGCUGUGAGCUCAGCCACCCUCUGCAGUCUGCAUCCAGACUGCAGCCUGGAUGGUGCGUUCUGCCUACAUAUACAAAUAGGGUUGAUUUUAUUUUUUUUUCCCUGCCUUAUUAAUCCUUUCAUUUCCCCCACCUGCAUCUCCAGGUGAGCUAGUGAUUUAGACCAAGGAAUUAGAUGAAUACAGAUGGUUUUAGCUGGAAGGCAGUGUUUUCCCUUCUCUUUGCACUCUUACAAAUAUAGGGACACUGUAUAGACAAUAUUUAAUGAUAUUUACAUAAAAGUUGUACUGCUACUAGAUUAAUAUUGUCAUCUACCUCUUGAAAUUGAUAGCAAUCUCAAGAUGCAAUAUGUGUCUUCUUACUCUAAGCUGGUUUUGGAAGUCUACUUAAGAUACUUAGGCAAAUCUAGCAUUGUUAACAAUUGUGUAAUGUUUUCUACCUUACCUUAUAAAAAACCCUUGAGAUUUAAAAAAAUUUUUUAACUAUGCUGUUUUAAAAAAAUCAAGUGUCUUCAUCUGUGCUAACAUUCUAGAUGAUUUUAUAUUCUUAUAUUCUGGAGCCUUUUGUCAGUUCUCAUACCCUAUCUUUUACUCACAAAGGACUCCAGAGUGAUUUCAAGAACAUGAUGGGAUCCCAAGCGUACAUAUUUUCAAGUUAACUGUGUCUUUUGCAUGAUUGUAAUAAUAAAGAAUCUUUUAUAAUUACUGACACCAAAAAAACCCCUGAACCAACUCAAGGAAAAACUUAAAGAAAAAAAUCCAAUGAAGCCCCCAAGUGAACAACCAAAUUCCAGUAAUUAAAAGAAUUAAAAAAACAAACAAAUGUACACUAAAAAAGCUUUCCACAAAACCCCAAA